AUGGGAAUUGAUCAAAUAAUACGCCUCAAAGAUGAUCAAGCCUUGAAGGUUUAUGAAGGAGAUCCGAGCGCCCCAUGGGUAUCAAGGUGUCCUUGCUCGCGAAACGAAUAUAUCUUCAACGGGUCCACUGCACGUCUCGCAUAUCAAUCAUAUCGAUGCGCGGAUUUCCUCUUUCGGAGUUCCGAGCAGCUCAGCACUUCACAAUCCGCUGCGAAAUCCUUUCUCCAAGGAAUCUGUCGUCUGGAGACCGUUGAAUUCGCGGCUUCUUGGCUACCGAAGGCUCUCCUCAAGUCGCAGUAA